AUGACACAUCCGGAGGACGAUGCUGCUCUCGAAAGAGACGCAGGAGAUAAUAAUGCGCGAGAUGAUGCCCAGUUGCGCCGGACGCUACGCAAAGUUGACUUCCGGUUGAUUCCCCUAUUGUUCGUCACGUAUAUGCUCAAUUUUAUGGAUAAAACAAUUCUCUCGAGUGCUUCGGUUUUUGGAUUGAUUGAUGAUACCCAUCUGGUUGGCCAGCAAUAUAGUUGGGUGUCGAGUAUCUUCUACUUUGGCUAUUUCUUCUGGGAGUAUCCCACCAAUUUUCUCAUUGCUCGGGUGCCGGUAGCCAAGUAUAUUGCGUUCAACACAUUCUUCUGGGGUGCCGUUGUUGCUCUAACAGCAGCAUGCGUCAACUACGGUGGUCUUUUGGCCGUGCGUUUCCUGCUGGGGGUCGCUGAGGCUACUAUCACGCCCGCGUUCAUGUUCAUCACUACGACAUAG